AUGGCAGCCGUUGAAGUUAUGCCUUUUACAACUGCGAGUCCCUCAACAGCAAUGAAUCCCACCUCGACGGAACACGACUACCGCUUCCCCCGAAGGCCCUUUGAGGAGUCUUCGCCCGGGCACAGCCAGAACCAGAGCCAGAACCAGAACACCGCCGACCGUCCAGCCACUGGCAACGGCACAAGCGACAACACCAGCCCCGGCGACCUGCGACUGCAGGAGCUCAACCUUGACCUCGUCAACAGCGGCGGUUCCGCGCAUCACGACCUGUUCAACCCCUCGAUAUUCUCGCCGUUGGAUGAUGGCAACGCCCCGAAACCCGAGAGCCUCGAGCAGAUGCAGCAGAACGACCCUCUAGCCACCCAGAUUUGGCGCUUCUUUAGCAAGACGAAGCAGAACCUGCCCAGCCAAGAGCGCAUGGAAAACUUGACCUGGCGCAUGAUGCACAUGAGACUGCGAAAGCAACAGCAAGAAGAAGAAAUGGCUCGGUAUGUUCCUGGCCCGGACACUCGCUGCGGAUCUUCUAAUAUUUCGAGCAGCCAGAGACAAGCAGCGGCAAUUGAAAACGCUGCAUCUGCGAGUGCUUCCACAUUCUCUUCCAGUAACGCUCUUAAUGCAAACGCGAGCAAUGCUCCAAGUGGCAUUGCUCAGCUUAGAAAAACGUCGGAUCAAAACAUCACUCAGGCCCAAACCGACCCAAUGAAUUUGGAUGACUUCAUCUUCAGUGAGAAUGUGUCGACUCCAGCGGGCUUAUCUGUUGACCCUGCCUCGCCUGAGGCUCAAAAGCAACUAGACGAGAAGGCGGCCCACGCAACAGCUGCUGCUAUCCCUAUCAAAUCCCGCAAGGCCUUACAGCAGCAGCAGCAGCAACAGCAGCAGCAGCGUUUUGUUCCGCAAUCAGUCCCAGUGCCUCCACACAUCCGCGGGCAUCAAGACGAAUUCGGAUACAUCAAUCGCCAUCAUCGUAAGACUAGUAUAGAUGACCGCCGCACCCGCAACCUCAAGCGCCCGGCUGAGUUUUCUCCUCAAGUGCCGGCUACCAACAGUAAUCUGAACUCUAAUGAGUUGGAUGCGGAUGCAGAUGUUCAUGAGUAUUCUCUAGAUCAUUCGCAUUCAGCUGCCGUUGCCUCUGCAUCCCAUCAUCCAGGUGUCCCAUUUGCCCUAGACACCUUCCAGAUGGAGCAUGAUCCCAUUAUCACCUCGGCUGGCCCAUUUCAGCAAAACUUCUCUUUCUCGCCAGGGACGUCACCCAUGGUCACGCACAAUUCAUUCCAGAACAUGUAUAGCCAGUCUGGGCUGGGUCAAGGCUCCAUGAAUGCCAACGACUUCUACUCCCCGCCUGCAUCUGCUUACCAGUCCACUGCAACUACACCACACCCCAUACCCGAGAACGAGAACAUAUUCUUCGGUUCUAUAGAUAUGCGCCAUCAAUCCCACCAGCCCUUCCAGAGUCAUGCCGCAAAUCACAUUUCACAGCAGUUCAUGUAUCAUGGCAACGGUAAUCAAAUGUUUGCACACGGCAGCAAUGCUCCAGAUACAUCAUCUUCCUUCGCACCCACGAACAAUUUCGGGCAUAUCGACCCCACGCAGGUCUUCCAGGAGGAUCACCCGGUGCGAUCGCCCGGUGUGGGCAUGAUGGAGCAUAACAUGUUCAGCUUUGGUGCUGAAUCAGACAAUGAAGAUGAAGGGGGCUCAUUCCCGGAUCGCAACCUCGCGCUUCACCAAGGGUUUUCACCUUCUAUGGAGGAGUCCGGCAUGGACAUGAACAGCUCUAAUGCACUUGGUUGGGACCCAUCGCUGCCUGGCUCUUUUAGCACACAGGCCGCUCGGUAUCCUGGUGGCCCUCCCCGCAAGCAAGUCACAAUUGGCGGUACUACUACCGACUACGUCGACGCCAAUGGUGAUUGGGAUGGGCAGGGCAAUCUUUCCAGGUCUCAUUCUUUCAGAUCAAGUGACAGGCGACAGAAGGUACCGCGAAAUGCGUCCAUAUCUGGUAUUAGCAUGGGUGGCCGUGGCAAUCCGUUCGACAGGCUAGCACAAUCUAAUCCCAACUCUCCGCCCGCCGAUGCAGCCGGUAACGCUUCUGGCUUCUCCUCAGUUGCUCCUAGUCGGCCUGCAUCCCCGCUUGGCUCGAAACAAGGCUCUACAAGCAACUUACAGAAUGCGGCAGGAAACCAGGGGGAUGGCAGCGCUCCCACGACUUGCACGAACUGUUUCACUCAGACAACUCCACUUUGGCGUCGAAAUCCCGAGGGCCAGCCACUAUGUAAUGCAUGCGGUUUGUUUUUGAAACUGCAUGGUGUGGUCCGCCCUCUGAGUCUGAAGACAGACGUUAUCAAGAAACGCAACCGAGGAUCUGGUGCUAAUCUUCCAGUUGGAGGCACGAGUACAAGGUCAAAGAAGGGUCCAGUGGGGACGGCCUCUGGACCAGCUUCGCGCAAGAAUUCGACGUUAGGAAUUUCUACGACGCCCAACAUCACUCAAGCGACAACACCACCUUCGACGACUCGUGGUGGCAGUGCCAAUGAGGGCGAAAGCCCCGCAAGCGGCGGCGCUGGUGCGUCUGGUGGAAACACCGCAGGUAGUACACCAACGAGUUACGCAGGCUCUGCGACCAGUGCAGUAGGCGGCAAGGGUGUCAUUCCGAUCGCAGCAGCUCCCCCCAAGAACACUCCUGGUCCUGGUGCUGCUUCGUCAAUGACACGCAAUGUCGGCACGACUGGCUCCUCCAAGCGUCAGCGGCGCAGCAGCAAGAGCGCUGGAAGCAGCGAACUGACGGGCGGCAUGGAUAUCGACAGUCCUACCAAUUCGACUGGUUCUAAUGAGGCAGCACGAUCUAUUAGCUCAACCAGCGGAUUCAUGGCUGGGAUGCCCAAUCCUGGCAGUGUAGCAUUGACCAAUGGGUUUGGCAUGACGCAACGACCAAUGAUGCCUCCGGGUUUGAUGGGAAUGUCUGGUGCUCCGCCAAACGGGAUGAUGCCACCCGGUGCUGGUGCCGGCCCUCAAGAAUGGGAAUGGCUAACAAUGAGUUUGUAA